AAGAAGGCUUAUUGGUCAAGAUUCUGCCUUUAGUAAAAGAAUCUUAUGCGUGGAACUUCUUAGUUGGAUAAAAAGUUAUCCAAGUUUUCUAUAAUUAAUUAAUUAUAAUGAUUUCUGGAAAUUACUCAGAACUUUGUUUCUUCGUGAUGUCACAUGUCCACGUAUUACCAUUUCAGUAAAGCAAAAAGAAAGAAAAAAAGGGAAGAAAUUGAAAAGCUGCCUGAAGUGUCUAAAGAAAUGUAUUAUAACAUCUCUACGGAUUUGAAAGAAAUAUUCCUAUCUACGAAAGAUGCCAGUGAGAAGGAAGAAGACACGCCCUGGAAUGAGGACUGCGAUGGGGAGAAAGCUCUGGGCGCCAUCCACAGCCCCGGGGCGCACUCUCCCACGCCCAAGCAGCCCACCGGGUUCACAUUCUCCUUUUUUGAUUCCGACACUAAGGACUCAAAGGAAGAAACCUACCGAGUUGAAACGAUGAAGGCUGGGAGGACUGGCUGCAAGGGGGACCCUCGUUUCCAAGACAGCAGCACUUCAGAGGAGGAGGAAGAUGCUGCUGAAGAAACAGAUCUCAGACAGCCCGUCCCCGAAGAAGCAUCAUUGCCUGUGAAACAAACCACUCGAUUUUUCUUUUUCUCUAAGCAUGAUGAAAGACUUCAUGGUUCUGACUUAUUCUGGAGAGGAGAGGGAAAUAAUGCUAGCAAAAGUUCCUGGGAAGCCAGAACACAUAGCCUGCUGAUGGAUUGUCGGAAGAAACAUAAAGAAGCAAAAAGAAAAGUGAAGCUAAAAUAAUGUCAUCACUGAAUUUGAUUGGAAAUGUGGACAAGUUCACCUGAGGAAAUUGACCCAGAAAAUAAUUUUGGCUGACAGAAGAAAUUUAAGAGUGAAACAAAUCUUCAAAAUGUGGCUGGUGGAAAAUCAUUCAUGUCGCCAUCUUUUUCUGUGGAAAUCCUGUUUUUCUUCCCUAAAUAAUUACUUCAGAAAAUUGAAGUUUUACAGAACAGUCCCCCAAAAUAUGAGAAGUCUUUUUAAAGUUUGUGAAAACUGUAUGUUUGUAGUAAAACUAUGUCUGCAUCUCAAAACUUUAUACACCAAAUACAUUUAUUUUUAAAUGUCAUCCUCCAUAAACUUUGUAAAGUACCCGUACCUUUCUUGUAAAUAGUCUAUUAGCUCUCCAUCCUUAAUGAGUGUUUGAUAAAC